AUGCUCAAAGAGACGUUCAUAGAGCUUCACGGACUAGGGUACGCACACCUCUCGCUAAACGAGGGCCGGGACAUUCAUGAAAAUCCCGAUUUGCAGGCGCGAACGCGGGAUCUGGACCAGAUUCAGCUGAUUGAUUUGGAUCCGAAGACCCGCGCAAAGCUCGAAGCGCAACCCCUCGACUACGAAAAGCCAGGUCUGGCACAGCAUUACUGCGUAGAAUGCGCAAAUCCACAAACGUCGCUGUAA